AUGGAUUACGGCCUUGAGUACAGUGAGGAGCAACGAGAGUACCUCGAGCGGGUUGGCAUGCGCGAGCAACUUGAGAGUUUCGUAGUUGACGCCGUGCGUGAAAAGCCUGACGACAUCUACGCCUUUUUGCAACGCUGGGCAACUGCCCGCAGCGGGAAAACUCCGAGCAUGACGUCAACGCAGGCCGCCAUCAAAAUUCAGUGCGCGCAGCGAAAGCACAACGCAAGGACACUCCUGAAGAUCCGCCAGGAUGCCGUGCGCGCCCAGAGCCAGCAGGAGCAGGAGGAAAAUGCAGCAACAGGCACUGCAAUGUGA